GAUGGCAUACAUGUGAUCAAGAACAAAGAAGAACCAGUUACAGAAGAACAAAAGAAGUUGAUGCAAGCCCAGGACAUCAAAUAUGUCAACUACAAGAGAAUGGUAGAAGCCAAGAAAAUUGAGAAGCUGAAGUCCAAUCUUCAUAUGUUAGAUGAUUCAACAGAAAAACCUAAAAAUAAACAUCUAUUCUUUGUGGACUCUGAAAAAGAAGUUAAAGAGUUUGAUGCUGCUAAGCGUCUUGAUACACUGCCAGAGUUGCUACCAAGAACCUACAACAGACCAACGAAAAAAACAUUACAGACAGCAAGGCUACUGGGUCAAACAGAUGCAGAUAGCAUACGAUACUUGGCCAAUGAAAGAAGAAGACAAUACAAAGAGCUGACCAGCAGAAUAGAAAGAGAGAAGGAGCUUCAUAUUGUAUCUCAGAAAAUGGAAGUUCUAAAAAACUUGAUGGACAAAACACAGAAAAUAAAAAAAAAAGAGGAAACCAAAACAACACCUGCUGUGUAUAAAUGGGUUGCACAGAGAAAAAGGUGAUAGUGAAUAUCUCAACAUGGCCGGGUGUGGAAUGUAAUCUCCUGUCAACCUUUGUGAAGCAAACAUACCAACAACAAUAAAUUCACCUCCUAUCGCUUUGUUUUAUUGUAAUGUAUUUGUGAUAUAAAUCAGAAUGGGAUUCUUCACAAAUAGUUUGAUUCAAAGCCAGGUGUUUCAAAUAUUGCCAUGUAGAUUUGUGUUUUCUCUCAACCUGAAUUC